UACGAAUUCAAAUUUUAACCGUCGAAUUGUUGCCAACCUCAGCUCAUAAUUAUUCAGCAAACCAACUGAAGCUCGUUUAAUUAGGCUGCGCUCUUUGCCCUCCACGAUGGGGAGCUGAUGACAUGAUAUUCCGUUUGAUUUUCAAUGACUUUGCUUACUUUUUUGGUUACACAGUUAUUAUAAAGGUCGUAAUGGCUGACGUCGACGUUACAGCUCUCGUGAGCAGCCAGCCUCCUGUAAAAGAGGAGCAGGGAGGAGGAGGAGAAGGCGGAGGAGGCUCAGAGAGAGAUGCAGGAGGUGGUUUGACUGAUGUCCAGAGAGAGGUGUUGGAGAGAUGUCUCCAUGCACUCAAGCAGGCUCAAAAUGACAGUCACACAUUGGCUGCUCUUCUGCUGAUAACUCGCUUGUGCCCAGCAAGCCAGCUAGACAAACCCACCUUGAGGCGAAUCUUCGAGGCCGUUGGCCUCAACCUUCCAGCUCGGCUUUUGGUGACAGCAAUCAGAGGGAGCGAGAACUCCGGCUUACCCCCACAAGAACUCCUCUCACUGGGCACGGCUCUGUUGGCUGCCCUGAGCACAGACCCAGACAUGGCCUGCCAUCCCCAGCUCUUAACCACCAUUCCCCUCCUGCUGGGCAUUAUAGCAAAUGGCCCUGUUAACCAGCAGAGUUCAAACACAGACAGUGAUCCUGCCAAUGUGGCAAAAUCAGCAGGAGAGGGCAAGACCAGCAAGCAAAAGGGUGAUGACGAUAGUGAAGUAAACGGAGUAUCCACAUCUCAAGAAGCCUCCCCCUCCUCCAAGCUGGACAAGGCCAUAGCUGCUGACUGCUACCAGAUUCUCACAGCAGUUUGUGCCUUACCCAGAGGUCCCGACCAGCUGCUGAGCAGGGGUGCAAUUCCCGCUCUGUGCCAGGCAGUGCAACAAAACCAGACAUUCAGCCACGAGAGAGGGCUUGCCUUGCUUGGUUGCCUCCUCGCAGGUAAAAACAAGGACAAAGUGUGGAGUAAACACACCGCAGAACUCCUCACUCUGCUGGUCAGGCUCUCCAAAGACUUCUGCCAAGCCACAGACCAGACCAAGCUGGACAUGUGUGCCCAGUUGGCGCAGUUUCUCCCCCCAGUAGGAGUGGCAGCAGAGAGCGAGGAGCUGAAGGGAGUCGUUGCGUGUGUAUGGGGGGUGUUAAGACCCAUGUUGCAGGCUAAGUUGACGCCAAAACAUAUCGGGCCGAUGCUGGUACUCAGUGCUUGUCUGCUGGAUUUGUAUGGGUGGGAGUUUGUGGGGCCGCCAAAGUUCUGCUGCUUACUGGUGAACCGAGCCUGUGUGGAGGUCAGAAUGGGUUUGGAGGAACCGCCUGGUAACGAACUGAGCCGAGAGCUGCAGCACACCCUCACAGGCUGUUACCGAAUCAUGGAGGCUGCCAUUGAGCAGGCCUGCUGUCUGGCAGUGUCACAGACCACUGCACCUCCUCACAGCUCCAUCCCUUCGAUCAGUCUGCAGCAGAGCAGGCAGGUCCUCGGGGUGUUGGAGGAAGCUUUCUCUGCUUUAAUGUACCACCUGCAGCAGGUGGAUCAAAGUCGCUAUGGUGACCCUUUUAUUUUUGCCACAUUCCGCUCUCUGUGCUCAUGGCUGGCGGAAGAGACUUUGUGUCUGAAGGAAGAAGUAACCGGACUGUUGCCGUUCCUGAUCGGUUACUCCCGCAGCCACCUGCAGGGUGAGAGUCCUGAGCAUGGCCUCUCUGACUGGAUGUCCGAGAUGUCCGUCAGAGAGGAGACGGGGGCGUGGACGGGCAAAGAAGCUCUGAGGUAUCUCCUCCCAGCUCUGUGCCACCUGUCGGCAGAAGAAGGUCCUAGGAAGGUGCUGCUCACCCUGGACACCCCGGCAAUGCUGGUGGACUUUCUGUCGCAGUGCUGGACUUCCCUCAAGGGGAAAGGAGGAGUGGCGUCGGCCAGGGAUCCAAGCAUGGAGACAGCCUGCUCAGCCCUCCUCAACUUCACCGUCACAGAGCCAGAGAGAGUCAGGAAGGACCCAUGUUUCAGAACGCUGGAGGCCCUUCUGGGUGACGCGCUUCCUGUUUUGGUGCACAAACCCCUUCUGCUGGUCCUAGCAGCUAAUUACUGCACGCUCGGACUAAUGAUUGGCAGACUCAAAUCAGUUCCUUCAGGCUCAGUUGAAGCUGGACAGAGGCGGCUUUUCUCCUCAGCGCUCCGGUUCCUCCGCAGCGCCCUGGACUCCGGCUCCAGCCCCGGUCCGGUCAAGGUAAGCCUCAGCUGGGAGGAGAGUUGGGACGACGUUGCGGAGCUCUGGAGGUUGUGUCUGCAGGCGCUGGGAGGCUGCGUUCGCGUUCAGCCUUGGAUCACCAGCCUGGUCAGAGAGGAAGGUUGGCUCAAACACACACUCACCAUGCUGAGUCAGUGUAGCGCACUUCCUGACCAGCACACACAGGGGGCGCUAGAGGAAGCUCUGUGCGCCAUGGCAGACCAGUGCCCAGUCUGUAAAGCGGAGAUUGGAGAUGUGAUGAGAAAAGAUAAAGGAGCUUUGAUCUGUAUGCGGAACCUGAAGAAGUCAGUGGGAGUAAAGUAAAACCAAACAGACAAUGUGAUCUUUAAUGGUGUAUUUUAAGAAAUGAAGUAAUAAAGAAGGGCUGUUACUGAAGCCAAACAUGUGUGUUUAUUAUCAUGACAAUGUGUUACCUGUUGCCUCAGACUUUAUUGUAAGGAAAAGAUGGUGCUGCUGGUUUUGUGAUCUUCGCAAAUGAGCUUGCGUUGUAAAGAGGGCACUCCAAUAUUAUGAACAUAUUCUUAGUGUAAUGUAAUGCAAGUGUUUAGACAGCUGUGCUCUGAGAAGACACAGUUUCGAACAUGUCAAUUGUGAAAUGUUAAUGUCUUUAAUAAAGAGCUAUUUUGUUAGUAAAUCUU